AUGACGACGCCGUCGACGCCGCGCGACGUCCGCCUCGAAGACCUCGGCGGGAUCGAGGAGAGCCUGACCGCGAUCAGAGAGCUGAUACUGUGCCCGCUGACGCACCCGGAGCUGUACGGGUGGCUCGGCGUGGACCCGCCGCGCGGGGUUCUGCUUCACGGGCCCCCGGGAUGCGGGAAGACGACGCUCGCGCACGCCAUCGCGCGGGAGGCGGGGGUGCCGUUCUUUAGCAUCGCGGCGACGGAGAUCGUCGCCGGCGUCAGCGGGGAGAGCGAGGCGAAGAUUCGACAGCUGUUCGCGGCGGCGGCCCAGGCGGCGCCGUCGAUCGUGUUCAUAGACGAGAUCGACGCGAUCGUUCCGAAGCGAGACAGCGCGGCGAGGCAGAUGGAGAGCCGCAUCGUCGCGCAGUUGCUCGCGUCGAUGGAUAAUUUAAUCGACGGCGCCGCGCGCGGGCACGUCACCGUCAUCGGCGCGACGAAUCGCCCGGACGGGAUGGACGCGGCGCUGCGCCGCGCGGGUCGUUUCGAUCGCGAGAUCAUGCUCGGGGUUCCCGACGAAGCCGCGCGCGCGCGCAUCCUCGCGGUGCAGGCGAAAAAGCUGAGGCUGGAGGGCGGGUUGGACCUGGUCGACAUCGCGAGAAAGACCGCGGGGUACGUCGGCGCGGAUCUCAGCGCGCUCGCGAAGGAGGCUGCCGCGCUCGCGGUCGCGCGGAUAUUCAAGCAUAUGUCGGACAAGCAUGUGUCGGACGACAAGCAUGUGUCGGACGCGUCGGAGAACGCCGCCGGCGCCGAGAUCGCCGCGCGGGCGUCGCUCCUCGGCGCCGGACGACUCGCGGACCGAACGCCGUUCGACGCGAGCGAGCUCUCAAACUUAUCCAUCACCACGGAUGACUUCGAGAAGGCUCUGACGCGCGUGCAACCGUCCGCGCAGCGCGAGGGUUUCACGACGACGCCGGAGGUGACGUGGGACGACGUCGGGUCGCUGACCGAAGUCCGCGAGGAGCUCGCGUUCAGCGUCGUCGAGCCGAUCGCGCAUCCGGCGCGGUUUCAAGCCAUGGGCCUCGCGGUCAGCACCGGGGUGUUGCUAUACGGCCCGCCCGGGUGCGGCAAGACGCUCGUCGCGAAGGCGACCGCGUGCGCGGCGAAGGCGAACUUCAUAUCCAUCAAAGGACCGGAGCUGUUGAACAAGUACGUCGGAGAGAGCGAACGCGCGGUGCGGACGCUGUUCCAACGCGCGCGAUCCGCGGCGCCGUGCGUGCUGUUCUUCGACGAGCUCGACUCCCUCGCGCCGCGCCGCGGGAACGACGGGGGGAACCAAGCGAGCGAGCGCGUCGUGAACCAGCUCCUCACGGAGAUGGACGGCUUGGAGGCGAGGAGCGCGACGUUCGUCAUCGCCGCGACGAACCGACCGGACAUGAUCGACCCCGCGAUGCUGCGCCCCGGGAGGUUAGACAAGCUUCUGUACGUCCCGCUGCCGCCACCGGACGGCCGCGUCGCCAUCCUGCGGACGCUGACGAGGAAGACGCCGCUCGCGAAGGAGGUGGACGUGGACGCCAUCGCGCGCUCGCCGCGGUGCGACGGCUUCAGCGGCGCGGACCUCGCGUCGCUCGUCCGCGAGGCGUGCGUCGCGGCGUUGAAGGGCAACCUCGAGAUCGCGACGGCGUGGGACGUCAAGCGCGAGGAAGCGCGCAAGCUCGCUCGCGGUGGUAAAGGAGGUAAAGGGGGGUCGCGCGGCGGCGAAGAAGACGACGCGACGGCGACGGCGACGGCGACGGCGACGGCGGGCGAGGACGCGCCGCCGCCGCCGCCGGAGGUGACGCGCGCGCACUUCGCCGAGGCGUUUGAACGCGUCCAGCCGAGCGUCAGCGCGAGCGAUCAGAGGCGGUACGACGCGCUGAAGCGGAAGCUUCGCGCGACGCGAGGGAGUCUCGACCCGGCGGAGAAGAAGAGCGGCGGCGGCGAAGGCGAAGGCGAAGGCGAAGGCGGCGACGGCGGCGGCGACGGCGACGGCCUCUUGGGCUGACGAUGAGACGGCGACGGCGACGGCCUCUUGGGCUGACGACGAUGCGUCGAGCGCGC